AUGAGGGGCAUCACUGGAUGCCCCGCCAAUGCGACCGCGCGCAACACCACGAGAGCAGAUAAAAUAUGGAAGAUGAAGACAUUAACGUGGAAACAGUCAUCCCGACGUGCAAAAAUUCAAGCCGACGGCCCUGAAGCUUGCAAGGGAAGUGCAGAAUCCGUCACCGCGGCCCGGAUUGGAAUCUCCGCAGGCGGCAACAUCAUCUGCAACAACACGAUUCUGUGCCAUGAGCGUCUCAGCAUCGUCGGUGUCGAGAGCGGUGCUCAGCCCCUGACCAACGCCGACGAGAGUAUCAUCCUCGCCGUCAACGGUGAGAUCUACAACCACCGUCUGAUCCGAAAGAGCCUGAAGGAGCCCUACCACUUCAAGACUGCCUCCGACUGCGAGGUCAUCAUUCCUCUGUACAUGCAAUAUGGCCUCGACGCUCCCAAGUACCUCGACGGCAUGUUCUCCUUCGUCCUCUACGACAAGAAGCUCAACCGCACGAUCGCCGCGCGCGAUCCCAUCGGUGUCACCACGCUGUACCAGGGAUGGAAGUCUGACCAGCCCGAGACGACCUACUUCGGCUCCGAGCUGAAGUGCAUCUACCAGGUCUGCGACAAGAUCGAGUCGUUCCCGCCCGGACAUAUCUACGACAGCUUGACCAAGCAGACGACGCGCUACUUCGAGCCGUCUUGGUGGGACCCCGCCAACGUUCCCAGCACGCCUCUUGACCUCUCGCUGAUCCGUGAGACUCUGGAGCGCUCGGUCCGGAAGCGUCUCAUGGCGGAGGUUCCGUACGGUGUUCUGCUGUCCGGUGGUCUCGACUCCAGUCUGGUUGCGUCGAUCGCGCAGCGCGAGAGCAUAAGGCAACGCAAGCUCGCCCUCGAGCAGGGCGACAAGGCCGACAACAUUCACACCGAGAACGCUGACAGGGGCGAGGGUUUGGUGGGUAUCGAUGACGAGAACCACCUGUCCACGGUGGCCUACCUGCCCCAGCUCAACUCCUUCUCCAUCGGCCUGCCCGGCUCUCCCGACAACGAGGCGGCGCUCAAGGUGGCCCAGUUCCUCGGCACCAAGCACCACGUCAUGACCUUCACCAUCGAGGACGGCCUCAACGCGCUCUCCGAUGUCAUCUACCACCUCGAGACGUACGAUGUGACGACCAUCCGCGCCUCGACGCCCAUGUACCUCCUCUCCCGCAAGAUCAAGGCUAUGGGUAUCAAGAUGGUUCUCAGUGGUGAGGGUAGCGACGAGAUCUUUGGCGGCUACCUGUACUUCCACGCGGCCCCGGACAAGAAGGCCUUCCACGAGGAGACGGUUCGCCGGGUCAAGAACCUGCACCUUGCUGACUGCCUGCGCGCCAACAAGUCGACCUCUGCCUGGGGUCUCGAGGCCCGUGUGCCGUUCCUGGACAAGAAGUUCCUCGAGGUCUGCAUGAACAUCGACCCUCAGGAGAAGAUGAUCACCAAGGACCGCAUCGAGAAGUACAUCCUGCGCAAGGCCUUCGACACCUCGGACGAGCCCGGCGCCGAGCCCUACCUGCCCGACGAGAUCCUCUGGCGCCAGAAGGAGCAGUUCUCGGACGGUGUCGGCUACGGCUGGAUCGACGCGCUCAAGGACAACGCCGAGCUCCACGUCACGGACGAGAUGAUGAAGAACCCCAAGCCCGAGUGGGGCAGCGACAUUCCCGACAGCAAGGAGGCUUACUGGUACCGCAUGAUGUUCGACGAGCACUUCCCUCCCUACUGCGCCUCGACCGUCAUGAGGUGGACGCCGACGUGGUCCAAGCAGACCGAUCCCAGUGGAAGAGCCAUCGCUACUCACGUAGCCAAGUACGAGUCCGCCGCGUAG